UAUGCAACUGGUUCGUAUCAGCGAAUUGUUGGUAUGGGCAAAUAUUUAGGGCAGACCACAGUCAGUAAAUAUAUAACAGAGGUGACUAAUGCCCUAAAUAACAGAAAUAUAUUAAGCAAAUUCAUAAAAUUUCCUACCAAUAGAGCUGAAAGAGAUAUCAUCAGGCAAAAGUUUUAUACACAAUAUGGAUUUCCCGGCGUUCUUGGGUGCAUUGAUGGAUUACAUUUCCAUAUAUUUUCACCACCAAAGGAUGUGGAACAUCUUUUCUUUUGUCGAAAACAUUAUUAUUCCUUAAAUGUGCAAAUGGUAUGUGACAGCGAUGGGCGAAUUUUAAAUAUUAAUUCGCGUUAUGGUGGAGCUACACACGAUGCUGAAUUUAAGCAAAGACUUGACCAAAGUAAUGAACAUACAUGGCUUCUAGGUGAUUCUGGAUAUCCGCAAAGAUCUUGGCUGAUGGCACCUAUUACCGACGUAGCUGAAAAUAGUCCUGAAGCUAAAUAUACCUCCGUUCAUGGUCGAACAAGGGUGGUUAUCACCUUUGGACGAUUGAAAAAUCGCUGGAGAUGUCUCAGCAAGGAUCGGACUUUGCAUUAUAAGCCUGAGAAAUGUGCAAGAAUUAUAACUGCAUGUAGUGAUUUGCACAACUUGGCCCUUCCUGAAAAGACAUCCCAAGCUUAG